AAUGAUAUUAAUUAGCAAUAUUCAAUUCUUGGUUUACUUUGAUUACUUCCACUAUCUAAUUAACUUCCCUUCUUUAGUUACCAACAUAAACCAACACAAAAUUUUUUAUUACAAUAAUUUAGGAAUGAAUGCUGAUGUAGGAUUAGUUCAUAUGACAGCAACACUUAUAAUCCAAACUAUAUAAAUAGACCUCAUUACCAACUAACCUAACAUAUAACUUGUUAAUCAUAACUACAAUUCCAAAACCACAAAUUAAAAAAAAAAAUUUAAUUAAGUGAGUGAGAAAUUAAAAUGAUGGCAUUAUCUCAUCAAUUUUGUUCUGUAGGAUGGCUUUUGGAUGAUCCCAUAAGCCAUGAUCAUCAUCAAGCAAAUAUGAUCAACUAUUUGUCUGCAGAUAGACCACAAGAUACUUCGGAAUAUUCCAUCGAUCUUCAUUCUCCGAAUUCAUCAAGAACAAACCCUAAAAUCAACGGCGGUGAUGGAAACAAGACCGUCAAGAAGCUCAACCACAACGCCAGCGAACGUGAUCGUCGCAAGAAAAUCAAUAAUCUGUACUCUUCUCUUAGGUCGCUUCUUCCGAACGAGGAUCAAUCUAGAAAACUGAGCAUACCAGCCACAGUUUCAAGAGUGGUGAAAUACAUUCCAGAAAUACAGAAAGAAGUUGAAAGGCUAACUCACAAGAAAGAAAUGCUGACGUCAAAGAUUACGUCACCAUCUGCACCGUCAUCAUUUGGUCUGAAGAAACAAAAUAAUAUAAAUUCAUCAGCUGUAACAGCAACACAGAUAGGAGAGAGAGAAAUCGUGUUUCAGAUAUCAAAAGCUGACUAUCAAAAGCGUGCUUUACAAAUUUCUGAAGCUGUAACGACUUUUGAGGAGCAAGGGUUUCUUCUCACUAAUGCCACUUCUUUUGAGUCAUUUGAUGGCAGAAUUUUCUUUAAUUUGCAUAUUCAGGCACAAGGAAGUCAUCAAGUAAUGAAUGCUGAAAUAUUGAAGGAGAAAUUGUGGCCAUUUUGAGACAAUUGGAAGAAUUAAAUUA